AUGAGACACUCAACUGUUAUUGAUAUAGAAAAUUGGACAUGCACAUGUAGUAUGCUUCAAGUUGAUCAACUACCAUAUCCACAUGCUUUGGUUGUAUUUGCGAGUAUGAAGAUGGAUCCAUAUGAAUACUGCUCCUACUAUUACAUAAGUGAAGCAUACAAAAAUACAUACCAAGAAACCAUUUUUUCCAUCGAAAAUCUAGCUGAAUGGAUAGUGCCAAAUGAUGUCCAUGACAUAGUUGUAAUUGCACAUAAUCAAAAGUAUAGUUGUGGAUGGCUUAUUGGGAAAAGAUUCAGACCAGCCUAUGAGGAAAACAUAACUGUUAAAUGCGGUAGGUGUGGUGAAGGUGGUCACAAUCGUAGAACAUGCAACAGCCUAGUUCCGUUAAGUCAAAGCCACAAGAAUAAAGAGGGAAAGAUGACGAAGACUGACAAUACACAUUAA